AUGUCUUUCCUUCAUAAUCAUUCUUGCGAGUGCGUUAAGUCAGAAUUGGAUUUGUUUGCACUACCGUCUACACAAACUAGCAUUGAAAAUGGAUUGUGGAUUCAUUAUAAACCAAUUUCAUCUCUUGGUGAUGAUGGACCUAUCGAGUUUCAAGUUCCUGGGACCGGCGAUGACUACAUAGAUUUGUCUCAUACAUUACUCCACAUAAAGGCAAAAGUAUUAAAUCAAGAUUCAACUAACUUGGUAUCUACUACAAUAGUAGCACCUGUAAAUAAUUGGCUGCAUUCACUUUUUAGUCAACUUGAUGUUUAUUUAAACCAAAAACUUGUAUCACCACCUAAUAAUACCUAUGCAUAUCGAGCAUACAUGGAAACCCUUUUAAACUAUGCCCCUGCUGCUAAACAAUCUCAUCUUACUUGUAGUCUUUGGUAUGAGGAUACAGCAGGAAAAAUGGAUUCUACAGAUGGUAAAAACAUAGGAUUUGUUAAAAGACAGGAAUUGAUUAGUGAAAGUAAGGAAAUAGAAAUGAUUGGUCAUCUUCACGGUGACAUUUUUAACCAAGAUAAAUUUUUAAUUAAUGGUGUUGAAAUGAGUGUUAAAUUGGUUCGAUCAAGAGAGAGUUUUAAUUUAAUUGUUGGGUCGAACGAUGUAAAGUUUAAAGUUUGUAUUACGGACGCAACUCUUAUUGUUCGACGAGCACGAAUUAAUCCAAGUGUAUUACUCGCACAUCAAAAAGUUUUAGCUUCUACCACUGCUAAAUAUCCUAUUACUCGAGCUGAAGUAAAAGUUUUAACAAUUCCUUCGGGUGUUCAAGGAAAAACUCUUGAUAAUAUAUUUUUAGGACAGGUACCGAAAAGAUGUAUAAUUGGAUUUGUGAACAAUUCUGCAUUUAAUGGUUCCCUUACUAAAAAUCCAUUUAACUUUGAAAACUAUGGUAUUAAUUCUUUCAGCUUAUAUAUUGAUGGUCAACAAAUGCCUUCAAAAGCUUUGCAACCAUCUUUUAAUAAUAGCAUAUUUACAUCAGCAUAUCAUACUCUAUUCUCGGGAACUGGUAUUCACUUUCUUAAUGAAGGAAAUGGAAUCUCUUGUGAACAGUAUGGCAAAGGUUACUGUCUAUUAGCAUUUGACUUAACUCCUGAUUUAUCAGCUAACUCAUCAACUCAUUGGAAUCUCAUAAAGCAUGGUAGUGUAAGAAUAGAAGUACGAUUUGAAUCCUCAUUAAUACAAACAAUUAACUGUAUAGUUUAUGCUGAGUUUGAUAAUAUUAUUGAGAUAGAUAAAAACAGAAAUGUUACUGUAGACUAUAGUAGUUAA